UUGACAUUGGGAAGAAAACAAUGCAAAUUAUUUGGAAAUGCGCAUAUGCCAAAAGUAUUACGGAAGAAAUAGAACUUAAAAGUCCUGUUCCGUUUCGAACAUUAAACAUGGGUGAUAUUGUCGAUAUUUUGCGAGCCGAGUAUGCGAUAAUAACUGGUGGGAAAUCGAAGGAAGGCUGCUCCUUGAUCACAUUUCCUGAUCAUAGUAAUUUUCAUAUGUUAACUGAUAUUGAAUAUCAACAACUAAUGUUAUAUUUAACGUCUGUACCUUCUUUGCAAGAGGCAGAUUUGGGCUUCCAUUUAAUAGUUGAUAGACGAAAAGACCGUUGGAACUCUGUUAAAACGGUACUUUUAAAAAUAUCCGUGUAUUUUCCUGGCCUUAUUCACGUUGUAUAUGUAAUACGGCCGACAAGUUUUUUACAAAAAGCUUUAUCCGAAGUGAGCAAUAAAUUAUUCAAGGAAGAAUUUAAGUUUCGGGUGAUUAUAUUAAGCACUCUCGAUGAAUUACACGAACAUGUAGAUAUUAACCAAUUAACCUCCGACUUAGGCGGCCUUUUGCUGUAUUCCCACGAAGAAUGGAUACAGCAAAGGAUUGCUCUUGAGCAAUUUUCCUUAAUAACCCAAAGAGUUUCGCACGCAUUAGAUGAAUUUACAAAAAAAAUUAACGAAACCGAGUUCCCCAAUAAUGUAGACUCGACGCAGCAGUUGCUCAACCAACAAACUUCAAUAUACUCCGAAUUAAAAGAAGAAAUAUUAACAGCGGCCAAACACGGUGAACAGUUACUUACCUCUAUUAGGGAAAAUUCCGGGAAAAAGUCCGACACAAAUUUUCAUUAUCCGGAUACAAUUGCGAAUGUUUUCGCGGUUGAAAGAUUAUUGGUUCAAUUAGAGGAAACGGAAAGGACGUUUGACGACUUUUGGCAACAGCAUUCCACCAAAUUGCGUCACUGUUUAGACCUCAGGAGGUUCGAACAGGAUUUUCGCGAAUUGCAAAUUAAUUUCAAUUCUCAUUUAAAAACGAUGUCGGAAAUGACGGAAAUUGGCGAUAGCGUAACUAGGAUCGAGACGUUAAUUCGAGAAACGGCGACCUUUCAAAAAUUAUGUACUGUCGACAUUGAACGUGCGGAAGAAGUCAUUUCGUCCGGCGAACGACUGCUUAAAAUUAAAAACUCAUUCCCACACGAAUGUAUCAAGCCUAAAUGCACCGAAUUAAUUUGCAUACGCCACUCACUAAUGGAAAAAUUAUACACACGGAUGACUAUGUUGACAGAGUAUAAACUUUUAUUAGGAAAAAUUGAACGUGCGAAGGAAUGGUGCAUAAAAGGUCUGGCAAUUGUAGAUGAGCAACAAAUGGAGGAUCUAUCGUGCUCGGCGGAAUUAGCUGAACAACAAAUUUUAGAAAUUCAAGAUUUUUUAAACUUAGGCGAUUUUAAAUUUGAUAAUUCGGAAGAUUGUAAAACACUCCUUCAGGACUUUGUUCCUUCGGAAGUAAAACGUAUAAUUACACAGAUUCUCGAAAGGAUAGCUGAUCUAACAGUUGCUUGCAAUAAACGUAUAGCCGCGUUAAAAUUAAUAGUUAAUAGUUUCUCUAAACCCGCUCCAGUGAUAUCUUUUGACUCGAAUAAGUCAAUUCUUCGUAAGGCAAACACCAUCUCCAAGAUAGAAACAGUUCCUGAUAAUUCUGUAUCGGACAACGAUCAAAAUUCCUCUCCUGAAAUCGACGUUGCUCAAUAUGAAGUUCGAAAAGCGAAAAGAGGGCAUGUCUUAAAUGAGUUAUUGGAAACAGAACGGAUAUAUGUUUUAGAACUCCUUUCUAUAUUAAAGGGUUACAAAAUGGAAGCGUUGUCAGAAGAAAUGCAACCAAUCUUACCUCACGGUUUAUUAGAUAAGAUAGAUAUAUUAUUUGGAAAUUUAGAUGAACUUUAUCAUUUUCAUGGAGAUAUUUUUUUGAAAGAUCUAGAAAACUGUAUUUCGACAACAGAUCUGGUAGCUUUAUGUUUCGUGCAAAGGAGGGACAUGUUUUACCAAUUGUAUAGUUAUUAUUGUCAAAAUAUCCCAAGAUCAGAACAGUUACGUGAAGCUUUAGUAGACACAAAUUUAUUUUUUCAAAGGUGUCAACAUAAAUUGGGCCAUAAGUUACCACUAGCCGCUUACCUAUUAAAACCAGUUCAAAGGAUAACUAAGUAUCAGUUACUUCUAAAGGAUCUUCUCCGUUAUUCGGAUGAAAAGAAAAGUUGCAAGGAACUGCAGCAAGCGCUAGAUUGCAUGCUUGUCGUGUUACGAUGUGUCAAUGAUAGCAUGCAUCAAAUCUCUAUCAGCGGAUUUCCUGUUGAUUUAUCGCAGCAAGGUGACCUACUACUUCAAGGAUCCUUUUCAGUGUGGACAGAGAAUAAAAAAGAUUUGAAGCUGAGAUUGAAACCAAUGAGAAGGCACAUAUUCCUAUACCAAAAGGCAGUAUUAUUCUGUAAGCCUACAAAUAAAACGACACAUAAUAAAUCUAUGUACCAUUUCAAACAUUAUCUAAAAAUGUCUCAGAUUGGUUUAACCGAAUCGGUCAAAGGUGACAUACGAAAGUUUGAGCUGUGGUUACAAGGACGACAAGAAGUGCAUACAAUCCAAGCAAGCACGGUGGAACAAAAACAGAUGUGGGUUAAUGAAAUUAAACGGGUACUGUUAAAUCAAUUGGAGGAGCUUAAGGGGGAGAAAAUUAAACAAUACACUGCUAAUGCACACAAAGCUCUUCGCCAAGUGACCUCCUGGGAAAAGCAAAAAAUCGGUAUAAUUCCUCAACUUAAUCAUCACCGCACUAUGAGUUGUGACACGGAUUCUCACUUACCUACAACAAACUUAGACGAUGACUCUAUAGAAACAAUAGAGAGUGGCAAUUGGUCAUCUGACUGUAGCAAUAGUGACGAUGAGGAGCAUCAAAAUACAGCAGUUGUCAGUGGCCGUUAUGUAGCAUUAGCUGAUUAUUGUGCAAUGGGCAUUAGCGAAGUAAAUAUGAAAGAUGGUGAUAUAGUGGAGUUACUCAAAGUGGGUUGCGCUGGAUGGUGGUUUGUCAAAUUAGUUGGAACUUCAAUUGAGGGAUGGGCUCCUGCAGCAUACUUAGAGAAUAUACAUAGAAAGACUUCACGCAGUUCUAGUCGCAGUCAUGAUAAACUCAGUUAAAUUUGUUGUAUAAAUGCAACUAGAUAUUUCGAUUUAUCAUUUGACUUCUUAUUCAUUAGAAGUGUUUAUCAUUUGAAUCUUGUAAAUUGAUGAUAGGUUAGAAUUAAGUUUCUACAAUUCAUUUUAGUGUAUUUUAAUUUAUUUAUUACAGUCUAUCCAAAAAUUAUUGUUAUUGUGUUUAUAACGACAUACAGUUGUUGUAAGAAAGGUAUUCUUAUAACAUUUUAUUAAAUUUGUCAUUUAUAA